AUGCAACGUGGUUUGAAGGAAAGUCAGGUGCAAGCAAUGAGCCAGAGCCCCAACCAGAGCCCGAAAGACCAGCAAAAAGACCUGCAUGUGCAGGCUUUCGAUGACAAAGUCAAGGAAAGGUUGGCCUGGGGAGAGAAGGAGAAAAAGUACCAAGCUACCAUUCACAUUCUUGAAGAGAAAUUGAGAAACGUUGAGUUCAAUAAUGAUCUACAACUGCAAGAAGCCAAAGGAGAAAGAAGGAAAUUGGCCCAAGAAAAUGAAGCCCUACGAGCUCAAAUUCAAAGAAUGAAAAUCGCCGCCGAAAAUCCGGUUAGAAGUAGACAAGAUGAGAAGCUCAUAAACGGCCUUAGGAGAAAGGUGGGUGAUUACGAGGCGAACCUGGAAAAGACUGAAAAGGAGUUAGCAAAAGCCCAAGCCAAGUUAGUUAAGAAUGCGGAGGGACGGGCGAGUGUCGUCCGACAACUGAAAGAGAAGUACGACAGAGGAAUGGGGGGUCUAAAGAAAAGGAUCAAUGUCCUUGAAAACGAAAUGACCAAGCAGGCAAGAGAUCUCAAAACAGAAAGGGAACAUUGCUAUGCCCUGAUGUCGCAGUUAGAAAAGGACCUGCAACAACUUCAAGAGCAAAAUCAUACUACUGAACAAAUCAUGGAUGACUUGUUUCGCCUUCAAGAAGACCUGGCGCAUAGGCCCGCAGCAAGGCCAACUAGAAUAGCAGUGGAAGCACUUAUGUACUCUUGA